AUGGACUCCGUCUCGGCUCUGCCGGCCGACUCGAUAACCAUGGACUCCUUUUCGACUCUGCCAACGGAAGUUCGACAUAUGAUAUAUGCUCACCUCUUCCCGGACGUCACUCAAGCUGCUCCUAGACUAUACGACAUCUGUAUAUGUCGAUCGUACGAAGGGUUCCGGUCUGAUACCAACAGCGGAUAUUCCAAAUCAAAAGGACAACAAGUCUUAAGACCAUACCAAGUAUCCAGCGGCCAUCACAACCCGCACGGCCUAGGAUGGGUCACAAUCCUAAAGGACGUCUCUAUGUGCUCUCGCCUCCUGCGCGUCGACAUUGCACAGUGGCUCUACCCACAAUGCAUCUUCCGGUUCGAGCACGUUCCUGACGCCUUCAAGUUCUUCGGGCCAUCCCAGCUCAUGCAGAAGUACGUCACGGCGAUCAUGUUCGAUUGCAUUGACAGCGAUUACAAUCAGAAGGGAUUUCGCGGGACGCCGAUCGGGCAGAGCGUGGUGGAUCUUACAGCCAUAUUACCAAAUCUAGCCCGGCUGGACCUCUGGAUACCUCUCAACCUCAGAUCCAACAGCACUCGCUACACCCAGCGGCCAUGGAAGUUCGGCGAUCUGCAAGCCGCUGAGUCCAUUCUGCGAGAUCACCCUCAGCUAUGUAUGGCUUGGGGAAACAUACUAGGUUGCGACCGGUUUCCCCCGUACCAGGCCAAGCCUCCUCGUAUGGGGAUACUGCGGUUGCUUUCUCAUGAUGCUUCGCGGAAGCCGACUACUGCUUAUGGAGCUAUUGUUGAUGUCAGUGAUCUGCUGAGCAGAUCUGAUGCUCAGGCCUAUAUGCGAAAGUUGGCUAAGCAAGAAGCGCGUGAGCGGCGGAAGCGGAUGUUACGACGAAGGCAGUCUCGGGAAGUGCUGCCAAGGAUUGAAUCCUCUACCCAGAUGAGCAACUACAAUGACGAGUCAGGUGCGAGCUAA